CCCGCCAGUCGGCCGGAUCAACUGGGGCUUCAAUGCCAAGUCCUCGGACCCGGACGCGGAGGUGAACCUCCUGUGGGACUUCCUGGGCCAGUGCGUCGCGGAGGGCCGGCUGAGUGCCGAGGACCUUCUCUGCACCUACAUCUCGCGCCGGGUCAUACCGCUUCAGUGGCGCGUCCACAAGAUCGGCCAUAUGUCCGGCCGGCUCGACCCGACACGGACGUCGAAGGUGGAGCUCUCCAAGUCCCAGGUGGCUCACCGGGUGAACAACAUCACCAAGGCCAACAUGCCGGACAACUGGAAUUGGGGGCUGCCGCCUUACAACCGGGAGCAGCCGCCUGAACUGCUUUUCACCCGCCAAGGCAUCGAGGAUGGCGACUUGGCGACGAAGGUCUGGACGCCGGAUCACAUCGACCCGGCUGACCUAGCCGGCGACCAAGCCGGCGACGACGAUCUGCCGGUGGUGCAGGAUCAGGGCGGCCAGGGGGAGCAUAACCCGCCGCCUUCGCCUGAGCAUGAGCAGGAGCAGGAGCAGGAGCAGGAGCAGGAGCCGGCCCAAUCCGGCACGGGGCCCAUCCCGGCGGUGCCUCUGCGCGCGGCGCCGCCUACGAACACGGCGACUUCUGCGCUGAAGGGGAGGAAGCGGGCCGGCGUCGGGUCUACGGCCGCUUCGGAGGCGAGGGCCAAGAAACAGCGCCGGCUAGCGCCCAAGAAGGUCCCGGAGAAAGCCGGGUGAGUUCUUUUUCCUUUGUUGUUUGAUUCCUUUUCUUUCCUUCCUCUCUGUACUUAUCUUUUCUUGCUUGUUCAACUAGGGCCGCGAUUAAGUUUACCCAGGGAGGCGGCUCUCGGCAGGCUCCUCCCGUCACGUCGCCGCUUCAGCGGCAGAGGAGGGAGCCAACCCCGCAACCUUCGGCACGCGCGCGCACGCCGCCGGCUGCUAACGUGCUGCCUGCGGCCAUGCCGCCUUCUGCGGGGGCGUCUUCUUCUGCCGCGCCUGGCGGCGGAGACCAGGGUCAGUCGGCGCGCCGGCCGACCCUAGACGACAUGUUCCCGCGCCGCGCCCCGUUUGUGGAGCAGGCGGCCGGAGCUGGCAGGGGCAUGCCAUCUGCGGCUGGAGCUGGAGCUGGUGGGGCUGCGCCGCCUUCGACCGGAGUCGGCGGGCCCGCGCCCAACGUCGUGGUGCUGGAGAGCUCUCCGGAAGGAGCGCCUCAAGCGCCGGAUGCGACGGCUCCCACCGGGCCGACUGCUUCGACCGCGCCGCCUCCAGCUUCGGAGCCGACGAGGAGGGAGCCGACCGGGAAGGAGCCGGCGAGGGAGGAGCCAGCGCGCUCGAAGGACGCCGACUCCCGGGCGCUGGUGAGGACGAAGGGCCCGCCGGGCCCAACUGAGGGCCUUCAUGUGGCCAAGGGGGCCUGGCUGCUGCAUGUGCCGUCUGCCUCUGACUCCAGCCUUGGCUCGGCUGGAACCAUGGAGGCUGCGUGGCACAAGGCGGAUACUUGCGAGGUGUUCAGCCGGGAGGGACAGCCUGGUGCGGCGCCCAUGAAGGUGGUCUUCUCCGGCUACCGGGCCAGCCUUAAGAACAAGGCCGCCGAGGCCCUUGCCCAGCUAGCAACGCUGGAGGAUGCUGACAAGGCGGUUACGGAGCGACGCACCGUCUUGUACAACAAGGUGGUGACUAGUUACCACAAGGCCAAGAUCGAGCGAGCCGGCUUGGCUCGCGAGCUGGAGGCUGUCAAGGGUGAGGCCUUCUCUCUUUUGACUUGCUUUUCCUGUGAGUUUCUUUUUUACUGACGGCCCAUUUUUGCCGGCUUGCAGCUGAGGCC